AUGUCUUUUCUGUCCAACAAACCUCGUCUUACACAGAACGGAGGCCUAGUGCCUGCUUACGAUUCACAAUUUAAGCAACUAUUCGCAGAACCACCCGUGGCCAUUGAGUCCUGCAUACACGAAUUAAUCGAACAGCGCUGUCAUGAACAGCCAGAAGCACCUGCAGUGUGUGCAUGGGAUGGCGAGUUCACCUAUCGGCAACUCAGCAACUUAGCUCGUUCACUCGGCGCGUCGCUGUCGGCUCGGGGUGUCGGCCCAGAAGACUUUGUGCCUAUUUAUUUCGAGAAGUCCCGGUGGGCGAUCAUUGCGAUCCUGGGUGUCUUGUAUGCCGGAGGCGCCUUUGUACUACUCGAUCCAUCGCAACCAUUACAGCGGCUCAAGGAAAUUUGCCAAACAUUGAAGGCGCCGUUGGUGAUAGCCUCAUCCCAGAAUGCGUCCCAAGCUGGCCAGCUUGCGCCCGGUGUGGUGGUCGCGCACAAAGAAACAGGGCAGGGAAAGCAGGGUAUGGCUCCAGGGGCAGCUAGUCGUUCUAAGCCAAGCAAUGCCGCCUAUGCCAUGUUUACCUCCGGGAGUACAGGUGCCCCUACAGGCGCUGUGAUCGAACAUCGAUCUAUCUCAUCUUCGAUCGUUGCUCACGGUAACCGAUUGAACCUCACCCGGACAUCGCGAGUACUGCACUUUGCUUCUUACGUUUUUGAUGUCUGCCUCACUGAAACCCUCGCCGUGCUAGUUCACGGAGGGUGUGUAUGUAUUCCAUCUGAAGUGGAACGACGAGGUGACCUUGCCACUGUGAUACGACGUCUACGAGUCAAUUGGGCUUUACUCAUGCCCUCCAUGGCUCGCUCGUUGGAUCCCAAGACCCUGCCGACGCUCGAGACUUUAGUAUGUGCCGGAGAAGCCCUGACUGCACAAGAUAGAGAUCAUUGGGCUCCUCAUUUGAACUUACUCAACGCUUAUGGACCCACUGAGUGCAGCAUCUUUGCCUGCGUCAAUCCCGUUCUCGAGGCAGCGGAUUUUCCCAUGAGAGUCGGGUUUCCGGUUGGUGGAAGCUGCUGGAUUGUGGAUGAGAGGGACGUUCAGCGGCUUUGUGCGGUAGGCAAAGUAGGUGAGCUUCUGAUCGAAGGUCCGAUUGUUGGGCGAGGAUACAUAGGGAGCGGAGCCAACACAGCUGGCGGCUUCAUCGACCGCCCGGACUGGCUGCGAAAGCUAUGGCCAAGUGCGCAGGGUAAAGUUUAUAGGACUGGUGAGCUUGCGCGCUGCCAUUCUGAUGGCUCGAUCGAGCGUCUUGGUUGCAGGGAUAGCCAGCUAAAAAUCGCUGGACACCAAAUGGAAGCGGCCGAGAUUGAAUACCAUGCGCGCUCACAUCCUUCGGUCAUGGAUGCCGCAGUGGAAGUGAUACAACCAAGGGAUGCGCUCGAAUCGCCCCUUUUGGUCGCAUUCGUGGUACUUCAGACCAGGGCUACCGGGGCUUCUCAAGCGACCACUUCCGAAAGUGAGCUGGUGGUCCCAGAUGGGGAUUUUCAGACACUAGUUCAGCAAGUAAAAUUCAAGAUGCGACAUGUUCUCCCCGACUACAUGGUUCCCACGGUUUUUCUGACGAUAUCUUCCAUGCCAUUGAGUAUCAAUGGCCAACUGGAUCGCCGAAGUCUACGUCAGCUUGGAAAUUACAAAACUCAACGCGACUUGCUCAAGCUAGGUCUGGAGACAACAGCGAAGACACCGCCGCGAAACCCUAAGGAAACAUUGAUGCAGCGACUGUGGGGAGAGGUACUACAAAUGCCUACCGAGCGUAUUGGCAUUGAAGAUAACUUCUGGAGCCUAGGUGGAGAUUCCAUACAGUUUAUGAAGCUAGCAGGGUUAGCGCGCAAGUGCGGAAUGAUCCUGGAAGACGAGGAUGCUUGGGAUGAUGGUACGCUAGAGGAAAUGGCAUCAAGUGCCAGCAUGGAUCAUCUCCCGUCGGCAGAUGUACCAGCCUUUUCGCUUUGUAAAAGUGAGAGUGAGAAAAUGGAGGUGGCGCACACCCUGGGCAAGUUUCAGAUAAAGCAGGACGAAAUUGAGGACAUCUACCCUUGUACUCCGCUACAGGAGGGCCUAUUCGCGGUAGCCCUGAAACACCCUGGCGCGUACACCAUGUGUAUGGAAUUCGAGCUGCCCAUCAACAUCGAUAUCAACAAAUUCCGCCGCGCUUGGGAAGCAACAGUUGAAGCCAACCCAAUCCUGCGAACGCGCAUCGUGCCGGGGAAAGAAGCAGAACUUUGGCAGGCCGUCAUCCGGGAUGUAAUUCCAUGGGACAUGAGGAAUCCGAGCGAGAAUGUCCCCAAAAUGUGGAAGGACUGGAAGACAGGACAGCGGUUAAUUAGAUUGGCGUUGAGUGAUCCGACAACCCCAAACACGCCUCGCCAUUUCACACUGCUCAUGCACCAUGCACUGUUUGAUGCCUGGGGGAUUCCCUUAUUGCUGCAACAAGUGGAAGCGGCCUACAGAGGGGAGAGAUUGUCCUCGAGGCCCUUCAGCCCCUUUAUCCGAUACUUGAAAUCCCAAAGCCAGAGCGAAAUAGACCGUUAUUGGACCGAGUCCCUAUCGGGCCUGAACGCGGUCCCUUUCCCCAAAUUACCGUCCCCGGAUUAUGUUGCGAAGCCUACAAAAACGAUUGCAUAUGUUAUUCCCCUUGCAGCGGCCUGGCAUACCGAACGACAAAUAACUCUGCCGACUAAGCUCUUACUUGCGUGGGGCCUCCUAGUAUCUCACCACACAGAGAGUUGGGAUGUAGUUUUUGGGCUAACAGUUGCCGGCCGUGGUGCGCCGGUUGAGGGCAUUGAGUCCAUGAUCGGACCCACCUUCGCCAUCAUUCCCAUGCGACUGCUUCUCGAUCCCCAAGCGACUGUGAUCGAAAACUUGAAGAAUGUACAGAUGCACUCACGCCGGACCAUGUCUGUAGAGCAGGUCGGGCUCCAGCGCAUCAGGCUUCUGGGCGCCGAGUCCGCCGCUGCCACGCAGUUUCAGAGCCACCUAGUCAUCCAAGCCGAUGAAGGCGAGCACCGACACCCGCCUAUGUUUUCCAAACUUCAUGAUCUCACUGAGUUAACCGAAACCACUUCUUUUGGUAUUACCAUAGUCGCUAAGCCAUCCUCAACCUCUGUGGCGCUUGAGAUCGCCUACGACCCGCUGAUGGUCACUGAUGUGCAUAUGAAGCGACUAGUUCAUCAAUUGGAGCAUAUCUACCAGCAAAUUCAGCAGACACCUAACGCUCGGCUAGAAGAUAUCGAAAGCAUCAGCACAUGCGACAUGGCCGAGUUGCGGAAGUGGAAUGGCCAAGCCCCAGCACUGGUCGAACAGUGUGCGCACGAGCUGAUCUAUCAACGUACGCUGGCUCAGCCUAAAGCGCCCGCCGUCUGCGCGUGGGAUGGCGAGUUCUCAUACCAGGAACUCGAAACACAUGCAGCAAAUCUGGCAAGACGCUUAGUAUCCAUGGGUGUUGGUCCUGAGACCUUCGUUCCCCUGUAUUUCGAGAAGUCGCGGUGGACGACUGUCGCCAUACUGGCCGUUUUGAAAGCCGGCGGUGCUUUCGCCUUGCUUGACCCCUCGAAUCCCAUGGAUCGAUUGCAAAAAUUAUGUCACGAGAUGCGCGCUUCUAUCCUGCUCUGCUCGGAAGCCAAUGCUCCUUCUGCUGGUCAAUUGGGACCAAUACAAACUGUCAUCCUCGGGUCCCAUUAUAACGAGCUGGUGACCGCCGAAAGUCCCCUGAACACUAGUCCGGCCACUCCAAGUAAUGCCAUGUAUCUGGUAUUUACCUCAGGGUCAACAGGCAAGCCAAAAGGGGCUGUGAUUACGCAUGGUGGCUGGUGCACAAUGGCGCAGGCAGUAUGCUCCAAGUCUUGUCUCAGCCCAGAGUCCCGAGUGCUGCAGUUUUCGACCUAUGCGUUUGAUGCAAGUAUAUUUGAAAACCUCGUGACACUAGUAGCUGGUGGCUGUAUAUGUGCUCCGUCUCAACAAGACUGUCUGUCAAAUCUUACGGGUGCUAUUGCAGACUUUAAGGCUAAUUGGGCUUUGAUCACGCCUACUGUCGCACGUACCUUAGACGCUCAGACAUCCCCCACGUUGAAACACCUUUUACUGGGUGGAGAGCCCAUGACCCCAGCUGAUGCUGAGCAGUGGUCUCCAUACUUGCACCUUAUGAAUUGUUAUGGUCCGGCUGAAUGUGCAAUACUGAUGACCGUGCAACGGGCGGUAGACCCGAAGCGGUCAACGAAUAUUGGCCUUGCUGCUGGGGCGGUAGGAUGGGUUGUCAAGCCCUCGAAUGUCAAUCAGCUAUGCCCUAUCGGUGCCGUUGGAGAGCUAAUAGUUGAAGGCCCAACUAUUGCACGGGAGUAUCUAAACCAACCGGAAAAGACGGCUGAGGCAUUUCCAGAUAGCGUCCCCUGGCUGCGCACAUUCCGGGCUAGUCCGUGCAGAUUGUAUAGAACCGGAGAUCUCGUGCAUUAUAACGAUGAAGGGGAAUUCAUAUUCAUCGGCCGCAAAGACACGCAGGUCAAGCUGCGAGGACAGCGAAUGGAGAUGGGAGAGGUGGAAUAUCACCUACACCGCUGCUUUCCUGGAGCCCAGGGAGUAGUUGCUGACAUCCUUCCUUCACAAGACGGGCGACCUGAUCUUCUGGCCGGGUUCGUUGUGCGCACGCCCUCAAUCGGAUCCAACUCCAGUUUGAUUGUGGAGAGUGACGCGAGCUUCUCCAAAGCAGCAGCUAUUGCCCUUUCUGGAAUGAAACAGUACCUUCCAUCAUACAUGGUCCCGGCGGUUUUGAUCCCCCUCAGCCGUCUGCCUGUUUCUGCAACGGGAAAACUGGAUCGGCGCGUCCUGCAAGCACAUGCAGCGCUAUUGUCUUCCGAACAGCUUGAUGAGUUCAGAAUGGCAGAGAAAGCUCCGGUUCGAGGGCCAGAGACUCACACCCAGGCGGUACUGCGGCAACUUUAUGGGGUCGUUCUUUCGAUUCCUGAGGACCGGAUCGGAAUUGAGGACGACUUCUUCCGAAGGGGUGGUGAUUCCUUGUCGGCCAUGAAAUUGGCCACGCUCGCACGAAAGUCGGGGUACUCUUUGACCGCAGGAGACAUCUUCACCACACCGCGUAUAAUCGACCUUGCAGCGACGAAAAGCAUGGCCAAUGUCACGCACAGCGACGAUAUAGUGCCACCACUCAGUCUCAUCUCAGAUUUGCGGGUACAAGACCAGAUUAUAGCAACGCUGCAGACCCAGGCUGGAGCAGCCAGAGUUCAGAUUGAGGACCUGUACCCAUGCACCCCGUUGCAAGAAGGCCUUAUGGCGUUGACUCUGAAGACGCCCGGAAAACAUGUUGCAACAUUCGUCUAUGACCUUGUAGAAAAUGUCGAUUUGGAUCGUUUCCAAGCGGCGUGGAAUGCAACUUGUUUGGCAAACCCUAUUCUCCGUACACGACUGACACAGGGCCCGGGAGGAAGCUUCCAGGUCGUUAUGCGAGAGGCGCCGUACUGGGAGAAAUAUAGCACACAGCAGGAUUACCAAAGCCGAUCUGUGCCUGCAGUAAUGGGUCUCAACGUACGCUUGCUUCGUCUUUCAUUGAUAGCUAGUCCUCCUCGACUUGUCAUGACUAUCCACCAUGCCCUCUACGACGGCUGGUCCCUGUCUCUCAUUUGGGACCAGGUCGAGGCUGCCUACCGCGGACAAAGUCUUCAGCCCAGGCCAUUCUCACCUUUCAUUCGCUACCUCCACCAACAACAGGACGACUCCGCUUCGGCUUCCUUUUGGCGCUUCCAAUUCGAAGACCUCAAAGCAGCUGUAUUCCCAGCUCUCCCACAUCCAACUUACGAACCGAUACCGAAUCAAGCCAUUCAUCGGCGAUAUUCCAUGAGAGCCGAUGAUCAGCUGGAUUUCACUAUUCCCACGGCCAUCCAAUUGGCAUGGGCAAUCGUUAUGUCCUAUUAUUCGGACUCAGUCGAUGUCGUGUUUGGACUAACCCUCAAUGGGCGCACCGCAGCCGUGGCUGGCAUCGACCAGUUCACGGGGCCGACUGUCACAACCGUCCCUUUUCGCGUCAGAUUAGAGUUAGAUAAAUCUGUACAGUAUGGGGCGCGCCAGAUCCAACAGCAACUAGCAGCCAUGACGGCCUAUCAGCAGACUGGAUUGCGAAAGAUUGGGUCGUUUAGCAGUGAAGCAGCCAGGGCAUGCAAGUUCCAGAGUCAUUUGGGAAUUAAUUCUCUUCCAGAGUCUAGCCACGGCGCUCUGAUAGCCCAAGUUCAGAGCGAGCAUCUGGACUUAGGGGAUUUUGCAAGCUACGGUUUUGUUCUUGCUUGUAAUAAUGUUGCGGAGGUGGAUGGCUAUCUGGAUAUCGUGGCCCAGUAUGACCCGAGCAUGUUGGAUGUGCACCAGGCCCAGAGGAUGGUCAUUCAAUUUGAGCACAUUCUUGACCAAGUCCUCUUUCACCCGGACCUGUCUCUACGGAGUCUCUCGGCAGUUAGCGAUCAUGAUUGGGAAAAAUUGGCCUGCUGGAAUGCUACACUACCAUCGCCAUUAGAGCGCUGCUUGCAUGACUCCGUUCUGGACCAUGUAAUGUCGCGUCCGUCUGCCUUAGCGGUGUGUGCCUGGGAUGGGGACUUGACUUUCGAAGAGCUAGCCUCCUCCUCCCUUAUGCUGGCUCAAGUAAUUGGGAACAGCGGUCUUCAGGCGGGAUCAGUUGUGCCUAUCAGUCUAAAUAGAUCAAAGUGGUCGGUCAUCAGCAUCAUAGCCGUUUUGCGUGCUGGAGCAACCGCUGUUUGCAUUGAUCCUAAGCUUCCAACUGAGCGACUGCAGAGUAUACUUGAUCAGACCCAGCCUAGAAUAGUCAUUUGCUCGAAAGAGACGAAGGGUCAAUUUGAAGGACAUUCUGCGGCCACAAUACUGACUGUACCCUUCCAGAUGCAAGUGCAAGUGCAUGGGCUCGGCUCGGCUUCUGUCGAGCAGCCCUCGGUGAGCCCUGACUCCCCGGCCUUUAUUGUCUUUACCUCCGGCUCCACCGGGCGACCCAAGGGCAUAGUGAUGGAGCAUCGGAACCUGUCGACGAGCAUUCGAUAUCACAGUGAUGCGCUGAACAUAACCAAGAGUAGUAGGAUGCUUCACUUUGCGUCAUAUGCCUUCGAUGCUAGCAUCUAUGAGAUAUUCACGACCCUCAUCACCGGAGGAUGUGUCUGUAUACCGUCUGAGUCUGAGCGGAUGAACGCAAUCGAACAAUUCAUUGCAGACAAGCAAGUCAACGCCGCCCUCCUGACCCCAUCGAUGCUUGCCAUACUGGAUCCUGAUCGGGUGCCCAGUCUGAAAACUGUUAUAUCAGGAGGCGAAGCGCUGACACGGCACGUUGCCAGUCGGUGGGCAUCCCAUGUAACACUUAUUAAUGCUUAUGGACCGGCUGAGACCAUAAUUUGCGCAGCAGGGUCAGUAGUCGAGGGGUCCUGGACACCAGGCACCGUUGGCCCUGUUCUAGGCGGAGCAGCAUGGGUGACUGCUCCCUCUGAUCCCACACGAUUGGUUCCCCUUGGUGCAGUAGGCGAGCUCAUCAUCGAAGGGCCAAUCGUCACAAGAGGAUACUUAAACAGCCCAGAGCUCACGCAAGCAGGAUAUAUUGACCCUCCAGAAUGGCUCACCAAUUGGCGAAAUGGCCGCCCUGGCCGCCUCUAUCGCUCGGGCGACCUUGUCGAGCUUACUACCGAAGGGAAAAUUCGGUUUGUCGGCCGCAAAGACACACAGGUGAAGCUGCGCGGACAGCGUAUAGAGUUAGCCGAGGUCGAGUAUCAAGUACGAAGCUGCACUGGAGGUUUAGAUUCAAUUGUCGAUAUUGCAACGAUAGACAGCUCACCGACCUUAUUCGCCUGUAUUAUUCUUCGGGACAUGGCUGGUAGUAAGGCCGAAGGCGCACCCUUUCUUCCCCCCACAAGCACAUUCCAAAAGUCCAUGCAGGUCGCCGAGCUUUCUCUUCGCGACGCUAUUCCCAGAUAUAUGGUCCCCUCUAUAUUCCUUCCUAUUGCCAAGGUUCCUCAGACAGCUGGAGGGAAGGUGGACCGCAGAGCUCUUCGCAUGUCUGUCGAAGCUCUUCUGCCCUCGGAAAUUCAGCGGUAUAUGACCGCUACACGACGCAGCCACCGACAGCCAUCGACAGAAAAUGAGAAGGCGAUCCAUGCUAUCUGGAUUCAGGUUUUGAACAAAGCUCCCGACAUGGUGGGUGUUGAUGACAGCUUUUUUCAUCUGGGCGGCGAUUCGAUCAGUGCUAUGCAAAUUGUCUCUCAAUUAAAAGGUAUCGGGAUCCGCACCACAGUCAACCACAUUUUGCAACAGAGCACAAUUGCCAAGUUGGCUACAACAGUCACAAGUAGGAUUUCUACUUCGUCAGGUUCCUUGCAAGAUGGAGCCCACAAUACACCGUUCCGCCUAUCGGCGAUUCAACAGCUUUUCCUGGACCGAGUUCCGGUGCACUACAACCAUUUCAAUCAGAGCUUCUUCUUCGAGCUUCGGCGGCCUGUCCAAGCUGACAAGGUAGAGCAGGCAGUACAAUGGAUUGUGCGUACUCAUUCUAUGCUGCGGGCACGGUUCUCUCGUAAUGCGGAGGGGACAUGGUAUCAGACGAUCAGCAAGGAUAUAGUCAAUUCUUACCGAUACGAACAGCAUGAAAACAUGUCACAGAGGGACGCAGAAACACUUUAUACGGAUCGGCAACAAGACUUGAACAUUGAAUAUGGGCCUUUAAUUGCUGUGGAUCUGAUGCGUAUCCACGGCGGCAAACAAUGCCUGUCCCUCUUAGUCCACCACCUCGUUGUCGAUAUUGUAUCGUGGCAGAUUAUCCUGGAUCAACUAGAGCGGCUUUUGGAAUCGAAGCCUGUGAGCUCACAAAACGCCAUGUCCUAUAUCACAUGGGCUCGUCUCCAGGAGGAGCACAUUGUCUCUACCCCAGAGAUAAGAGACCAGGCUGUCCCGGCGGUUAUGAUGGAUUACUGGGGACUGUCUGAAACGAGCAAUAAUUAUGCCGACGUAGAUCAGUACCAAGUAACACUCAAUCGUCAACAGACUAGUCAGAUUCUGGGGCCUGCCAACAAAGCGUUUAACACCAGGCCAGUCGAGCUGCUGCAGGCGGCGCUGAUGCAUGCGUUCACGAAGACAUUCCCCGAUAGACCGACUCCGGCCAUCUUCAACGAAGGUCAUGGGCGCGAUCCAUGGGCGGACGAUAUUGACGUGAUCGGAACCGUCGGAUGGUUUACAAAUAUCUGGCCCUCUCAUGUGCCUCUGGGCCCCGACUGUGAUCUGGUGGAGGCGGUACGUCGAACUAAAGAUGGGCGACGCGAAGUCCAAGACGUUGGGCGAUUCUACUUGGCAGCACGCCAGGAUCAGAUGACGACGAUGGAAAUAACUUUCAAUUACGCCGGCACUUCAGAGGCAGCUGAAUCAGCUAACUCGCUUUUCAAGCGGGUACCCUUAUCGGUUUCGACUCUUGUCAAUCAGGGAUCGCAUGUGGGUCGCUUUGCCCUGAUUGAUAUCCUUGCCAAUGUGGCCGAAGGAAGAUUGUCGAUUGACUUUCUGUACAAUCGGCAUAUCAAGCACGCAGAGAAAAUUCUCGGAUGGGCGGAAAGGUCCCGAGAGGCCCUGUCAACUCUGGCCCAGCGAUUUCCCACCAUUCCUCCUCCUCUGACCCGAUCCGAUGUGCCUCUACUACUCCGUCUCGCCGGAAAGACCGUGGCGGAUGCGUUUCCCUCCCGGCUGGCAUGGACUGUGAAGGCCCGAGAUGAGUGUCCAGUCGACACUGGCCGACUCAUGCGGGCGUGGGAGCGGGUUGUGGAAAGACACCCACCACUUCGUACCAUAUAUGUGGACAGUCCGCGAGGGGACGGCAGCAUUGACCAGGUUGCCCUAGAUGAUGUGCAACCGACUAUGGUCAGCUUUGAUGCUACACAGACAGAGAGCUCUGCAAAAGGAUCAAGCCCUUGGGAGCGUUCGUCCUUGCCGGCGUUGCAUCCAGCGCAUCGGUUAACGGUCUGUCGGGCUUCCACAGGCUCGGCCACAUUUGUCCUCGAUGCUUUUGAGCAAGCGGUGCAGGGUAUCGUGUAUUUCAGCGACCAACCAGUUCGGUCAGUUCCUCUGCUAGGCGGAAGCUCUCUUCAGGCUAUACGAAGAUGGAACGAGCAGGUCCCGCAGGCUGUAGAGCGAUGCGUCGGCGACAUGAUCCUCGACAACUGCCGCGCACGGCCCGACUCUCCAGCCGUCUGCGCAUGGGAUGGCAGUUUCACCUACGCAGAACUAGAGGCUCAAUCAGCCUGGUUAAGCCGUCAACUUCAUGACUGUUACUGUGUUGGCCCUGAGGUCUCCGUUCCAAUCUACGCCAUCAAGUCCCACUGGGUCACCGUGGCAAUCACAGCUGUGAUUCGAGCCGGCGGCGCCUUCAUUGUCUUAGACCCAAGCCACCCACUGGCUCGGCUACGUGCCAUCUGUAUAAAGGCUCGGGUCACUGUGAUAUUAGCACCUCCUCAAGGUCAGGAAAUAGCAGCCCAGUUGGUAAGCCGGGUGGUAACCUUCGGUGAAGAACUUGGGGGAGUGGAAGGCAGUAGGGGCGAUGUAUAUGGGGGGACAGAGAUGGACUUGGAGUUGACCCCAGACAAUGCACUAUACGGCAUUUUCACCUCCGGAUCAACGGGGCAGCCAAAAGGAGUGAUCAUCCAUCAUCGUGCCUUUGCUACCUCUGCCGUCAGUCAGGCUGGAACGUUGCAGAUCGGCCCCCAGUCCCGCGUGUUGCAAUUUGCGUCAUUCGCCUUCGAUGAUUCGAUUGGUGAAAUGCUCACAACUUUGGUCCAGGGUGGGUGCAUAUGCAUUCCCUCGGAAGAACAGCGUCAACAGACAUUGUCCCGAGCCACAUACGGCUUGCGGGCAAAUUGGGCCUCCCUGACUCCGUCAGUGGCGCGUGCUUUGCGGCCGGCCGACUUCCCGACGUUGCGCACCCUACUUGUAGGGGGACAGCAAGGAGGUGCAGGUAUGGUCUCCCGUGUUGAAUCUGAUUCUUGCAUAUUGCAUACGGCCCUACGGAAUGUGCUGUGUGGUGUUCCGGCACAGUGA